AUGCCCGGCUUCGACUACAAGUUUCUGGAGAAGCCCAAGCGGACAACCCUACCUGAUAAGUGGUUGGAGGCUUUGCUGGUGCUCACCUCUGCACUCUGUGUCUCCAGGAUUGUGCACCUGUGCCUGCGCAAGGCUGACCAGAAGCUGGUGAUCAUCAAGCAGAUCCCAGUGGAACAGAUGACUAAGGAAGAGCGGCAGGCAGCCCAAAAUGAGUGCCAGGUCCUCAAGCUCCUCAACCACCCCAAUGUUAUUGAGUACUAUGAGAAUUUCCUGGAGGACAAGGCCCUCAUGAUUGCCAUGGAAUAUGCACCAGGUGGCACCCUGGCUGAGUUCAUCCAAAAGCGCUGUAAUUCUCUGCUGGAGGAGGAGACCAUCCUGCACUUCUUUGUACAGAUCCUGCUCGCACUGCAUCAUGUGCACAUCCACCUCAUCCUGCACCGCGACCUCAAGACCCAAAACAUCCUUCUUGACAAACACCGCAUGGUUGUCAAGAUUGGUGACUUUGGCAUCUCCAAGAUCCUUAGCAGCAAGAGCAAGGCCUACACGGUGGUGGGUACUCCAUGCUACAUCUCCCCUGAACUGUGUGAGGGCAAACCCUACAACCAGAAGAGUGACAUAUGGGCCCUGGGCUGUGUUCUCUAUGAGCUGGCCAGCCUCAAGAGGGCCUUUGAGGCUGCGAACCUGCCAGCACUGGUGCUGAAGAUCAUGAGUGGCACCUUUGCACCCAUCUCUGACCGGUACAGCCCUGAGCUGCGCCAGCUGGUCCUGAGUCUGCUCAGCCUGGAGCCUGCACAGCGGCCGCCACUCAGCCACAUCAUGGCACAGCCCCUUUGCAUUCGCGCCUUGCUCAACCUCCAUACCGACGUGGGCAGCGUCCGCAUGAGGAGGGCAGAGAAGUCCCUGGCCACCGGGCCUCCCAUGGCCCCAGGCAGCACAGGAAGCCGGACCACCAGCGCUCGAUGCAGAGGCGUUCCCCGGGGACCUGCAUGUCCAGCCAUUCCUCCGCCACUGUCGUCAGUGUACGCCUGGGGCGGUGGGCUCAGUGCUCCGCUGCGGCUGCCGAUGCUUAACACAGAGGUAAUCCAGGUAGCAGCGGGACGCACGCAGAAGGCUGGCGUCACUCGCUCUGGGCGCCUCAUCCUAUGGGAGGCCCCGCCCCUAGGCGCGGGAGCCGGUACCCUACUCCCAGGGGCGGUGGAACAGCAGCAUCCCCAGUUCGUCUCUCGUUUCUUGGAGGGCCAGUCGGGCGUGACCAUCAAGCACGUAGCCUGCGGCGACCUCUUCACGGCCUGCCUGACUGACCGAGGCAUUAUUAUGACCUUUGGCAGCGGCAGCAAUGGGUGCCUAGGCCAUGGCAGCCUUAAUGACAUCAGCCAGCCCACCAUUGUGGAGAAACUGCUGGGCUAUGAGAUGGUGCAGGUGGCCUGUGGGGCCUCUCAUGUGCUGGCCUUGUCUACUGACCGAGAACUAUUUGCCUGGGGCCGCGGGGAUGGUGGCCGGCUGGGACUAGGCACCAGGGAGUCCCACAGCUGCCCCCAGCAGGUACCCAUGCCCCCAGGACAGGAAGCCCAGCGUGUUGUAUGUGGCAUUGACUCCUCCAUGAUCCUCACAGUGCAUGGCCGAGCCCUGGCUUGUGGGAGCAACAGGUUCAACAAGCUUGGCCUAGACCAUCUCUCUUUAGGGGAGGAGGCUGCCCCUCCCCAGCAAGUGGAGGAGAUCCUGAGCUUCAUACCACUAGGUUCUACACCCCUGGACCAGGAGCCCCUGCUAAGUGUGGACCUGGGCACUGCUCAUUCAGCUGCUGUGACUGCCUCUGGUGACUGCUACACUUUUGGCAGCAAUCAGCAUGGGCAGUUGGGCACCAGUGCUCGCCGGGUCAGCCGGGCACCUUGUCAAGUCCAAGGCCUCCAGGGCAUCAGGAUAGCAAUGGUGGCUUGUGGUGAUGCCUUCACUGUAGCCAUUGGGGCAGAAGGUGAAGUGUACUCUUGGGGUAAAGGGGCCCGAGGUCGACUGGGAAGGAGGGAUGAGGAUGCUGGACUCCCAAAGCCAGUGCAGCUGGAUGAGACACACCCCUACACUGUGACUUCUGUGUCCUGUUGCCAUGGAAACACUCUCCUGGCUGUUCGCUCCAUCACAGAAGAACCAGCCCCCCCCUGAGACACCUCGGUACAUCUCUGAACCACUCUGAUACUGCUUCUGCACUGAAUGUUGGGAAGUACAGGUGCCUGAGGCAAGACUAUCACCACCAGCCCUCUGUAUUGUGAUUUCAAUGGGGUAUAAGAACCAGUGAAGCCCCUGCGCUGCUUUUGGUCCUGUAUAUUGGAAACCUCCACCCUCCCUGCUCCUCCUACAACUUUUUUUUCUCCUCACCCCUUCUUCUCUUAAGUCAGUUUCCCCAGCGUCCAGCCUGGCUAGGGUUGGAAGCCAAACCAAAUCUUUGGAAGUAGGGUGGUAUCCCGAGCCUUGGCAGAAAAAGGCUGGAGGUUGCUGUGGAUCUACCCAGGCCCUGCCUCUUCUCCCAGCCCAGUUAAAAAGUCUCUGGUACCCACUGGUAGAGCAGCUCAGUGCUUUGGAGCAGGGCAAGCCUGGACUGGCCAUUCCAGCUGCCUAGCGUCUGCACUGCCUGAGGAGGGAAUGCUGCUGUCUGCCCCCACUCCUAAAUCCUGAGGCUGGGAUCUGCAAAAACCUCUCGGUGCCUCCCCUCCCCUGCGGGCUGGGGAGUGCAUCAGCUGCAAAGUGUCUACUGCAGAGGGGAUCCCUGCUGAAUGUUGUCCUUCUUUCCCCAGGCCUUCGCCCUAAGCAGAGGGGGGAAAGGGCAGCUGGCCGGAAUAGACCAGUUUCCCAGCUGACUGGAAAGUAGUGCCAAUAAAAACAUAAGUUGCCUGCCUA